AUGGCACUGAUGGCGUCCGGCAAGAAGACGGGCUUGGGCAGCGACCAGCUGAUCCACGCCCUUUCUGCCGUGUACACGUCUAUCAUUGAGUCCGAGACGGAGGACAAGUCCUCCCCGUUCCGCUCAAAGGCGGUCCCUGGCAUCCGGGUGGAGGCCUAUCUCCAACGCAUCGCGACCUACUUCCAGUGCCAUGACUCGUGCCAUGUGAUAGCCCUGAUCUUCAUCGACCGGCUGGUCAAGACGAGACCAGAUAUCAUUUCAGUAAACAAGUUGACCAUCCACCGAUUGCUGGGGGCGGUCACUGUCGUCGCUGCAAAGAUCCACGACGACCAUGUCUUCCGCAAUGUGCAGUAUGCCAAAGUUUGUGGCAUUUCGCUGAAAGAGCUGAACAAGUUGGAGGCAUGCGUUACCUCCCUGUUGAACUGGAGACUCACUGUACCCGUUGAAGAGUUCCAAGAGUAUCUCGACAUGCUGCAGAUCGUGUCGUCCAGAGCGGACCCGGAAAAUGGAAUCGACUGGGAGCACGGCAGAGAAGAGGCUUCCUACAGCGACAUCUCCCAAUCUGCUGCUCGUGGUGGCCUAGAGCUCUACAAGUUGAACCGUCAGGCUCAGACGCGCACCAGCGUCGCGUCGGGCAACGUCCAGGCCCUGAGGCAACGAACGAGCUGCUGGAUGGUGGGCAGUGUCUCCGGAGACUGGAUCAACUGCCCCUCUGCCAUCAGCAAGCAGCUGCGAGACUUAGGUGCCGGGUCUGCGAGCCAGCUUGAUCUGGGCCUCUGCAAGUCUGUGAAAGGUUGGAUAGAUGAGGGCGGCCGCGGCCAACUGCGCGCGAUCCGAGGGCUUGAUACAGCAGCAGAUGCAGUGCCAGCCGCGGACGGUGGCUAUUUGGAUGGCUGGGCGGAUGAGGGCGGAGGGCCCUACCGGCUUACCGUGGCCAUCGAGACCUCGACAUGGCAAUCGCGAGCUCCGGAGGGCUUCCAGGCCCCCGGCGAGCCGGGUGUGUCCUUCACGUGCAACCGCGGUGAGCGGCCUCGUGAGAAGGGGCCGAAAGAUCCUGGAGACGCAGCGAAGAGGCCGAUGUUGGGCUGGACAUCUUCCGAAGGAUUCUGGCUCAAGGAUGCGAAAGGAAAAUUCCAGCUCUGCGGCGAUUUGGAACCUGACGGAGGCUUUCGCGGCACCAUCGGUGCAGAUGGCUCCGCUGGCUCCUUCCACUUGCGUCCCUUUGAGACCGUGCUUGAGUACGGCCCAGGAAACCCUGAAUGGCUGGCGGGGCAGUGGACGAAACUGCAUCCGAACUGGAAGGAGAUGCGAAUGCUCCUUGUUCGGGGGACGCCGGAGCUCCCAAAGAGCACCAACAACGUCGUCCAUGAGUUGGACUUCAAUGAGGAGGAAGAUCGAGAAAACCUGCGGAUCCGGGUCUGUUGGGAUUGUAAAAAUCCGUCCUCAGAUGAAGCAGACGACACCGCGGCAUCCUUCAACGCCUUCUGGCGCUUAGCUCCCGGAGAGCUGGCGCGGCUCGGAGGACCAGAUGUGCAAGGCUUCGUGGUCACCGUCUGGCAUGGCAAGCAGACGCUGUCGCUGGCCCGGUCGAUGGCUUUCGGACUGGGCAUCUGCACCGAUGUGAUCCACCAGCCAGCGGUUGAUGAAGAAGCUCUGAAGGCAGAGGCUGCACCUGCAGUCGCCGAGGAGCCAAUCACUUUGCCGAUGCGGCUGGGAUCGCCGAGCCUUUUCCCACAGGCUCUUAUCGGUCCCUGGGUUCGUGGCCUCACGGUGCUCGAGGUGCGCGAGGGCUUCAUCUGCGAGGAGCUGGAUCAAACCUUUACCUUGCAGGUUUUUCCGGAGAUCAUCUACCCUCCCUGGGGCGAAUGGGUCCUCAACGUCUCCCGGAGCUCUCCACUGGUUCUCGAAUGGGCACAGCAAAUCGAUGCUGGAGGAAUUCGCUCAAACCGAGUCAUCCGCUGGAUCCGCCCCUGGCUGCUUGAAGGGCGGCUCUAUGUAGACUCGGCCGGAACCGCUGAAGUGAACGGCUCCUACAGUCCGGACUUCACUGGCUCCUCCGUGAGGUAUGUGAAGCUGGAGCCUAGCAAGCAAGUCGUCGAGCUCCGGCACCUGCAUGAGUCAUGGGCCUUCCUCUCGCUCGGCGAGGGCCCUGAGGAGAUCUUCUACGCCGCCCCUGUGCCCGAGCUCCUGGGCCAAUGGGAUGCCUCGCGAGCGCCCCACAAGGGCUCUGGUGUCCUGCCCGCGCCCCGGCUGAGCUUUUGGCAGGAUGCCUCGGCGGAUCUUCAAGUGGCAGAAAGGGAGCUGCCCCUGAAUGUUCGCCCGCGCUGCCUUUGCCGACUGCCGUCGGACGCCGCUUCCAUGAUCAUCUCAGAGGGGCUUGCAGAUCACUUCGCAGGCGAUGCUGUGAUUUUCGUUGAUGGGACCGACACUGUCUCACAGAUCGCCCCCCGGCUUGGAGCGCCUUGCUCUGCCAGCUGGGCCGUGCAAAUCGCCCUCUCGGACACGGAGAAGCCGAACCAACCCAGCGGCGCGGAGGGUAAAGAAGACCUCACCGGCUCCCUUCGUCAAGCCAUGGAAGCUCUCCGCGACAAGGGCGUGAGCACCCUUGCCAUUGGCAGCCGGGGCGGCCACGGAGACAGCGAGGUGCUUGCUACUGCAGCUCUCGGCGCUCUCCUGGACGUGUUCGGCGGGACCGCGCCGGCGGAGUGCGGCAAGAAGGAGCAGAAGCCCAUAGAGCUUUACUUCCUGGUUGGAGGUCCUCCGACGGAGAUCCUGCGCUGCCGUGAUGCGGUUGAAAAGGCCAUUGCCAAGCGCAGUGAUGCCGGGUUCAUCAACGCCAUGAGGGAUGCAGGGCAAGCAGAUGGACCGGCCUGGCUCACUGAGGGCUUGCUGUCGCAGCUGAAGGGCAAGAAGGGUGGCAACAGCACAUCUGGCUGGAGGAAACAGCUGUCGGAAGACGGUGCCAUGCGGGGCAUCAUGGCGUCACAGUUCCUGAAGUUGGGAGACGUGGUGAAGCAGGUCUUGGAGAAGGAGGAGAUCCUGGACUCUGGCCACUUUGCGGCCAACCCUGGCUCCCCCCUUCGCUGGCUGGAUGUGAACAUGUAUCACAUCUGCCAGCAUUUCGUCCUUCCUUUGACUCGUCGGGAGAGUUGUUCCUAUGUGGAACUCGUGGCGUCUGAUCUGCAGCCACCCGAAUGGAUGGUGUCUCAUGCGUGGAGCACCAAUUUCGCAGCCACCACCUCGAUGCUCUCAUCGCAUGCGCGUUCCCGCAAUCAGCCUGAUGAUGGCUCGGACCGGCCACAGGCCUGGAUGCAAGCCUCUUACUGGUGUUGUACACUGGCAAACAACCAGCAUGACCUCUCUGCUUUGCGUGAAGCAGACUUGAUGAAGACACCAUUCGCCCGCGUGUUGCUGAGUCCGAAUUGCUGUGGCACCGCCUUGCUUUGCGACUCUGCAGUGACGCCACUGAGAAGGGUCUGGUGUGUUUUCGAGGCUCACCUCACGCAGCAUCUGCGAUCUGGCCAGGCCAACCUCAGCAACAAGGGGAGUCAUUUUCUGGACCUGGUCGCCAUCGACAUGACGCAGACGACGGCCUUUGACCCCGAUGCUGUCGCCAUUCUGCAGGACGGAGUCAGUGGCUGGAACGAGAUCUCGAAAGGCCUGGCGCACUUUCCGCUGGAGGUGGUCCAUGUCGGCACGACGGUGGACAUUCGGCAGGCCGAAGCCUCAAUGCAGAGCGACCGGCACGCCAUCAUGAAUCACAUUGCCUUGGGGAAGGGAUCGCGAGAUCCACCCCCGGCAGACCACGCAAACUACGACAAGCUGAACAAGUUCGUUCAUAGCGCUUUCGCCUCUGCAGAGCUUUAUCGCUUGGCUUGCGAUCGUCCAGAAGGAUGCGUGGAGAGGGCUCGCGAGCUGCUGGAGUUGGGGGCAGAUCCGAACUGCUUCGUCCGCGAGGGCAACACCGCGAUCUUGGCCCUGGUGGGUGCAGACCCGACUCAGCCGAACCCAGCCGAACUGCCACUGCUGCAGCGGAUGUUGUCACUGCUAGUUGCCAGCGGCGCUCGCAUAAACCAUGUGAACUCGCACAUGCAAACUGCUUUGGACCACAUACAGCAGGCAGCUGGUGAGAGUGCAGCACUCACCGAGUAUCUGAAGCAGCAUGGUGCCCUAUCGUUCGAAGACUCUGCAGCUGCAGCAGAGGAGCUUUGGAACGAAAGAGUCCGCGAGGUCCUCUUCCGUGGGGGUUUCGGUGCACCCGCCGACACACCAAGCGGAGUCGGCGCGAAGCUGCCCCCACAGGCUUUCGGCGGCUCCGGGGGCGGCGGUUCCGGAGCUAAGCUCUUAGGCCGAGCUGAGCAAAGUCUCCGAGAGGCCGCAUCUUUCCUCAAGAUCUACCCAGACUCUACCUGUUACAUCGAAACGCCAUCUGGUGCUCAUGACAAGCACAACUUGCGCGGAAAGGUGGUGCAGACCGCUCUCCAGGGGGCCGGUGCCGCGAACCCAUUCGAGCUCCGCUGCUCGGGGACCUACCACCCCAGGGGCUCCAUCCCUUUGCUGCGCCUAAAGUUGGCGCUGGUGAAGGCCGAUGGUAAGAAGGAAGCUCCGUCAUCGUCGAAGAGUGGUGUUCCAAUACGGGACAUCGCACCGACGCUGGAGGAUAUGUGGCAGGCAGAGUCUGGCCCAAGAUUGCAAAUCCAGCUGUGCAACAGGGACUACGGCAGUGCCAUGGCUCAGCCCGGCAGUACCAUGGAUCAGCCGCUCCUUUCAAACAGCUCCGCAAGCAGCCCGUCGGGCACCUCCCAGGCCUCCCCUACUUCCUUCACCUUCGUCAGUGAUCCGCAGAUUCCAAAGCUCCUGGAGAGGAUUGAGGGAUUUGUCAGGGACGGCUUCCGGGACACGAGGGUCCUUGACGACAAGCCGGACUUCACCCAGAAUGUGCUGGAAACGCCCUUUCAGCUCAUCCUCACUCACAGCUGCUUGGUUUUGGGUCCGGCAGGUGCUGGCAAAACCACUCUCGUGAAGGCCUUGGCAGGUGAGCAGUUUCAGCCUGGAGUUCAGCCUGGUCCACACCUGAGGAACAGAACUAUGAAAGCGCAAAGCAUCGGGGUCGGUCUUGAAGAUCUCUCAGACCAGCUCAGACUGGAAAUAAUCGACACACCUGGCUGGUGCCCCGACACAAGUGCGGACAUCCAUGCACAGUACAAGGAGGUGUUGAGGGAGAAGGGGUUGCCAAAAGAGCACGCUCCUCACAUCAUCCUUUUCUGUGUUCCGGUGUCUAUGCUCCGUCAGUUCGACCAGGGCAAAGCCAAGCAAAUGAGUCAGCAGCUGAACAAGCUCAAGUUUGACGGGCGCUUCCCGAUCAGAGUGUUGCCAGUAGCAACCAAAGCAGACACGGAAUCGCUCAGCGAGUUGCCAGAUCUGCAGGCCGCCAUCAAGGAGCUGGCUGAAGCCGCCUUCAAGGAAGCAGGUGCCAUCAUCGAUGAUGCGCAGUGGACGAUGUUCGACCCUAAUGAUGCCUCGCGAGUCAGGGGUCCAAGUGAGUUGGAUUCAUGGAUCAAGGCAACUUUGCUUGAGCAGCUCCGCUCUGAAGAGUUCACCGGGCUUUGGCGGCUAGCCUUGGCGCAGAGCGUGCAGGACCACACCAGAGAGCACUGUGAAACUCUACCGGCAAGCGAUUCGGCACUGCGCUUGUUCAACAGUGCCUGCCGGACAGUGGCGGCUGCUUGCGGCCGAGCUCCAGACUUGGAGGUUUGCAAAAGUCUCACUGUUCUACCCGAAGAACUGCCUUGGUGGACCCUUCUGUGGAUCCCGAAAUCAAAGGAAAAGGAGUGGCAGCUGCCAUGCUCUGCUGCAUACUGGCUCGGCUUCCGCAAGAGAUUCGGUCCCUGGAGUGUUGCUGCCUUCUUGCUUGUCUUCUCGCUUGUCGUUCUCAUCGUGUCGCACAAGAGCAUGGACCAGAUGGUGGACCAGAUGACCGGCAAGUACAACAGCGCAAACGACCAGUUGGACAAGAUGACCGACAAGUACAACAGUGCAAAAGACCAGUUGGACAAGAUGACCGACAAGUACAACAGUGCAACAGACCAGUUGGACAAGAUGACCGACAAGUACAACAGUGCAAAUGACCGGUUGGACCAGAUGACCGGCAAGUACAACAGGGCAAACGAUCAGUUGGACAAGAUGACCGACAAGUUGGACAAGAUCACCACGUGCUCAUGGCAAAAACAGACAUCGCAGUGCUCAGGCCUAGUUGCCAUCGGCCGCGCCUCAAGCCAAGAAGAAUGCAGGGAUGUUUGCUGCAGGAUGGGAGAAGAUUACUGCGGUACGUGGCAAUUUCGCGAUGGUUAUGGAUGCUGGUUGGGACACCCCGAUUCCUGCGAUGGUGAUGACGGCUGGAAUGGGGGCCAGCUUUAG